UCAUCAAAACUCAGACCAAACAUUACUAUUCGAUCUUCUACAUCUUCUUCACUGAUCUUCACCGCUUCAUAAUCAAUCCAGCCAUGGCUUCAUCUUCUGGGAACUCCAUCCUCAUAACUUUCCUGCUGGCUCUCGCAAUAUUCUCCAGCAUGAUGAGUUCAAGUGUCGUAGCAGCUCGUCAUCUUCUGCAAACAACACAGCCUUCGAUACCAAACAUGCCUGGAAUUCCAAGUAACUUGCCUAAACCUACAGGAUUACCACCUUUCCCUUCAAUCCCAACAACAAUGCCUCAGCCAAAUAUCCCUAAUCUGCCUACGAUUCCAACAGUGCCACGAGUCACUCUUCCUCCAUUUCCUAAUAUUCCUGUUAUUCCCGCGAUCCCAACUUCUAUUCCUUCUAUCUUCUCUCCUCCUCCUUCUAAUUAAUGACAUAGCAAAUGCUUCAACCUUCAUCUUCUAGCCCUUAAAUUUAUAAUUGAUAUCUCCUUGUUAUAUUGUUCUCAUCCUAUUUGCUCUAUAUAUCAGCACUCAUGAGCAGCAUAAAUAAUGUGUAUAAUUUGUUAUAGCUAGAUUCAUUUCUUCCAUGUCAUCAGGAGGAUUUGUAUGGGGUUAUCGUUGUGUUUUUUUUUUUUUCCCAGUUUGGUGUGACAAUUAAUAAACAGUGUCAUAUAUUAAUGUUA